AUGUCUUUAAUUGAGUAUGAUGACGAUAAUGUUUUAGCUGUAGAUGUUAGUGGUCUUAAUUUUAAUUAUGGUGGGCCAUCAAUUUUAAAUAAUCUAAAUUUGCAAUUGAAAUUGGGAAGCCGAUGUUUAUUAGUUGGUGCUAAUGGUGCAGGAAAAUCUACAUUAUUAAUGAUCUUGGCUGGUAAAAGAAUGGUAAGAAGUAAAGUUCUUGUGCUUGGGAGAGAUUCAUUUAAUGAUCCAGUUCCAGGAAUUAGAUAUUUAGGAACAGAGUGGGCAAAUAAUCCAACAGUAAAAGGUGAUGUAAUGGUAUCAACAUUAUUAUCAAAUAUGAAUGGUGACAAAUAUCCUGAAAGAAGAGAUGAAUUAGUUGGAAUUAUGGAUAUUAAUCCUAAAUGGCGUAUGCAUCAAUUAUCAGAUGGACAACGUCGUAGAGUGCAAUUAGUGUUGGGGUUGAUUGAACCUUGGAAUAUUUUAUUAAUGGAUGAAGUGACUGUUGAUCUUGAUGUUUUGGUUAGAUCUGAUUUGUUAAGAUUUUUAAGAAAGGAAUCAGAAACUAGAAAAGCUACUAUUAUUUAUGCAACUCAUAUUUUUGAUGGGUUGGGUGAUUGGCCAUCUCAUAUAGCUCAUAUGAAAGAUGGAGCAAUUAUAACAUUUCAUAAAAAAUUAUCACCUGGAAUCAUAUCACUCCUUCGUAGAAAUAUGGUUUCACCAUUGUUAAAAGUUGUGGAACAAUGGUUAAGAGAAGAUUUUUUAGAGUUGAAGAAAAGACGUGAAUUAGAAAAACAAAAAGUAGAAAAUGAAAGAGAUAAAGUUUUAUUAGGUGAAGAAAAUCCAAAAACAAAAUGGGAUAGAUUAAGCGAAGAUGCUAAUACUCAUGGUGAUAAAUAUUAUAAUUACUGGAAUAAAAAUUAG